AUGAGCCAGUUUUCUCGCUGCGAAAUGCAGUAGCGUACUCACAGCAUUGGAAACUUGGCUUUCUGCAGCUGGACAUCCUCCAUCCUCAUUCACAGCUGCCUCCCAGAGCAGAAGGGGUGUGCAGUGAGGAUGGACGUUACUACAACUGGAGCUUCCACAAUGGAGAAGAGGGAAGGUGAUAAUCAUGCCAUUGAUCAGAAUGCAGGUCAGAGCAUCAUGCCAAGAAGAAAUACAGGAAACCUUAGCAACUUGAAUGUGGAUAUGCAAGUCACCAAUCCACCAGAAGCAGCUGCACUUUUCAAUUUACAUCAAGCACACCAUUUUGGUGAGUUUGAACACUCUUCAGAACAACACUGCAAGCAGGAUCUGUUCCCCAAGUGGCACUUGCCAAUGAAGAUAGCAUCUGUGAUCUCAUUAUUAACAUUUAUUUACACUUCUAUGAGAGAUGUCAUAUAUCCUUUUAUAACCAGAAAGGAAAAUGUUUUCUAUAAAAUUCCAAUCCUUGUAAUAAACAAAGUUUUACCAGUGGUUUCAAUUACCCUUUUAGCACUAGUAUAUUUACCAGGAAUAUUAGCUGCUGGUUUCCAGCUGUACUUUGGCACCAAAUAUAAAAGGUUUCCCCACUGGCUGGAUAGAUGGAUGUUAUCAAGAAAGCAAUUUGGACUUCUCAGUUUCUUCUUCGCUGCAAUGCACGCCUGCUAUAGCUUAUGCUAUCCAAUGAGAAGAUCAUACAGAUACAAGCUGCUGAACUGGGCAUUCCAGCAGGUCAAACAAAAAAAAGAAAAUGCCUGGAUUGAACACGAUGUUUGGAGAAUGGAAAUUUAUGUGUGUCUAGGAAUUCUGGGACUUGCUUUGCUGGCCUUGUUGGCAAUAACAUCAAUCCCAUCUGUCAGUCACUCUUUGACCUGGAGAGAGUUCCACUGCAUUCAGAGCAAGAUGGGAUAUUUAGCUCUGCUGCUAUGCACUGUUCACGCACUGGUGUUUGCUUGGAAUAAGUGGGUUGAUGUUAACCAAUUUAUCUGGUAUACACCACCUUCAUUUAUGGUAGCAGUUUUUCUUCCUAUUGUAGUUCUGCUUUGUAAAUGCAUACUGCUUCUCCCGUGUUUUAGGAAGAGGAUAAAAAAGAUCAGAUGUGGUUGGGAAGCUAACACACAAACCAAUCAAACCAGCAUGACUUCCAGACUGUAG